CCAUCUCUCUUAAUAUGAACGAACAGAAUUCUAUUCAGCAAAUCAGAAACAACAAAGACAAUCAUAACAGAACACCUGGUGACAAAACAAAGACUUAAGCAUGAAGCUGCACACUACCAUACAAGCUUAACAGCACACCUAACAACUAUCAGAAGCAGAGAAAGGACUUUUCCAAGGGCUACAUAACAUCCUGUUUUGGAAUAGAGUUUCUUAUAUUCCUAAGCAUAGGUUAGACAGCCUAUUUCUAAUAUUCUGCAUAUGACUUGAACUAUAUGAACUUCAAAUCAAAUCUUUCCGUUAUGAAUUCUAGUAUUACGAUCUAUCCAAAUGUGCUAAAUGACAGCUGCCCAAGCUAUCUUACCAAUGAGGUUCUGCAGCCCUUUUCCAUUUAAGCUCCUUCACUGCCCUAUAAAGUUCUUGAUCUCACCUCCAAAUAGAAAGUUGGGCAACUUUUAAUUUUGAAUAACUUGGAUUUCAUUUUCCCUCUAUGAUGUUUCAGUUGAAGUUAGUGGAUAAAAACUCCAAAGAAGCAGAAUUUGCUAAAGGUGCCUUGUUCUCAAAGCAUGCAGAGAUGAAAGACUGGCCUGAGGAUCACAGCUUCCAGUUCUUCAAGUUAGAAAUUGAGAAUAUAUUCUUGAUUGAUUGGUUUGGCGGUCCAAUGCCUCUCACAUUGGAUCAGUACCUGCAUACUAGCUUGAACUGGUUCACUUCAAUUUCUUGAAUGCUCAUUGAAUUGCCAAUCUCUCAUGUGUUUUUACAUUGGAUGUCAAUGUGAAGUGUGUAUAAUUAAUUCGUUGCAAAGAAGAUGGACAGUUGUGAUUACUGUAUAUAUAUUGUUAUAGUUGUACCAUCUUAUCGUCUGUUGGGAGUAAUCAAAGACGAUAAAUUGUUGGUACAAGCUUUGUAUUUACAUGUAC